ACGCCCGUGCCGCUAGCGCCGCCCCGCGCCACCCUCGCGCCGUCCGGCGUUCCCAGAGGCACCCUGAGGGUCUGAAAGGUGCAGAGCGCCUAGAGCAGGGCCGGGGCCGGGCGUGACCAGGCGACUGGGGCUGCGGAGUCGCGGUGGACGGUGCAAGGUCCCCCCUCGGCCGGCGACACAGUGGUUCGGGCCACCCAGGGAGCUUCAGGCUCCGGGUUUGAACCUGCCAACUUCUCCAGCGAGCGCCAGCGAGGCGGCGAGGGCGAGUGACAGAGAGCCGGAACCAUGGUCCAUCAAGUGCUCUAUCGGGCGCUGGUCUCCAGCAAGUGGCUGGCGGAGUCGGUCCGGGCUGGCAAGGUGGGGCCUGGCUUGCGGGUGCUGGACGCGUCCUGGUACUCACCAGGCACCCGCGAGGCGCGCAAGGAGUACCUGGAGCGCCAUGUGCCCGGCGCCUCCUUCUUCGAUAUAGAGGAGUGUCGGGACACCGCGUCUCCCUACGAGAUGAUGCUGCCCAGCGAGGAGGGCUUCGCCGACUACGUGGGCCGCCUGGGCAUCAGCAACGACACCCACGUGGUGGUGUAUGACGGUGACAACCUGGGCACCUUCUAUGCUCCCCGGGUCUGGUGGAUGUUCCGCGUGUUUGGCCACCGCACUGUGUCUGUACUCAAUGGUGGCUUCCGGAACUGGCUGAAGGAGGGCCACCCAGUGACCUCUGAGCCCUCCCGCCCAGAGCCAGCCAUCUUCAAAGCCACCCUGGACCGCUCUCUGCUCAAGACCUAUGAGCAGGUGCUGGAGAACCUCCAGUCCAAGAGGUUCCAGCUGGUGGAUUCACGGUCCCAAGGGCGAUACCUGGGCACUGAGCCAGAGCCGGAUGCAGUAGGACUGGAGUCGGGCCACAUCCGGGGCUCGGUCAACAUGCCGUUCAUGCACUUCCUGACGGAGGAUGGCUUUGAGAAGAGCCCAGAAGAGCUCCGCGCCAUGUUCCAGGCCAAGAAGGUCGACCUCUCGCAGCCCCUUAUUGCCACAUGUCGCAAAGGGGUCACCGCCUGCCACAUUGCCCUGGCCGCCUAUCUCUGCGGCAAGCCCGACGUGGCCGUCUACGAUGGCUCCUGGUGUGAGUGGUUCCGCCGGGCGCCCCCGGAGACCCGUGUGUCCCAGGGGAAGGACAGGAAGGCCUGAGCCGUGCCUCUUUGCUCCCUGGAACUCCGGCCCGUCUAGUGACGGGCGCCAUCUGCAGCUGGUUCCUCCUCUAGGCAAAGGAGAUUGGCGGGUUUGUAGAAUUGCCGUGCACAGGUGCCCUCUCCCCAGCAACACUGGAAUAAACGUUGCCGGUCUGAGUA